AUGGAGAAAGAAAAGAAGGAUUCGGGACAAGACAGAGAUGCAAGCUUGUCUGCUAUUGGAUGUUCUAGUUUAGCUCGUGGAUUGGUCUUCAUUGCACACCAUCCGGCUGGGAUCAGACCGCUCCUACGUCUCAUCUUCUCUAGAGAAGCGAAACUCGAACGGAUAGAGCAGAUGGUCCAACUACAUAACUUUUUAUUUUUCAUUACUUCUAUGGUCGUGCCUCGUGGCACGGCAGCACCCUUACUAUUGAAAUGGUUCGUCAGUAGAGAUGUUCCCACUGGUGCCCCUUUUUCCAAUGGGACUAUAAUUCCUAUUCUUAUCCCUUCAUUCCCUCUUUUGGUCUAUCUACAUUCCAGGAAAUUCAUACGCUCCAUGGACGGAGCAAAAAGUGGAGUCUUGGUCAGAGCAAGCCGCCCUAUUCUAUUACCAGACAUAAUUGGGAGAAGCUCAUCCGAAACUAGAGCUGGAAACGCCUCAUUUCGUUUCGUUCCCGUUCUUCAUUUCCUUCUUCUCGAAUCCAAGGGGGACUUCUCAUAUUUAGAAUCUUUCUGCGGUGUGCUCUGUUUACUAUUCUUUCGUACUCUCUUCUCUUUACCACGCGAUAGGUCAGCAAAGCGUGAGCGGGCGCGGAGAAGGAAACGCCAAACACUUCGGCCUAAGCCUAACGGGAAUGAGCAACAACGAAAUGACAAGAUGGGGUGCUCCGGGCACCCCAAUUUAGAAAGAAGGGUCGAAGGUUUUGGGCCUGUAGCUUUCCCCGUCCCCCCUUCGUCGGGUGGUGCUUGUGUGGGGGGUGUGCCACCUGAACCUGAAAUCGGGCUUGAAGCUCUCGCCUUACCAACGAGCCGACAGCUGAUGGCUGUUGGUCACGACUACCACCAAAAAGCUCCAAUGAAGAUUAAUAUUUCACAUUUUGGAGUGUGCAUCUGUAUGUUGGGUGUUCUUCUGUCAUGCGACCCGGCGGCUUAUGUGCGACCUGUGGCCCACGCCUCCUAUUUGUUUGUUCAGGGCGGGCGGCGUGAACUCUGA